AUGAUUUCAAUAUAGGCCGAAUCAUUAACAGAAGAACCGGUUAUACCAUGUCUUAGGAUACCUCCGAGACGUUUUACUGAUACAAUACGUGCACCAGCAGUUUAUCAAAGUCCCUAUGAUAUGUAUUAUCAACAAUAUUUUGAUGUUAUUAAUAAUGUUUUAAGUGCAUUAGAUUUACGUUUUCAACAAUCUGUGUUUCCAUUGUUACGUAAAGUAGAAAAAUUUAUCAUAGCAGCAGCCAAUGAUACGAAAGAAGAUGAUAGUUUAAAUGUCGAAAAUAUUGUUGAAUUUUUAAAUGAUGAUAUUGAUAUUCCACGUUUAAAAUGCGAGUUAAAUUUAUUAUCUGAUUAUUUUUCAACUAUUAACUUAGAGAAAAAUUUCAGUUUUAAAAAGAUUACAAAAAUUCAAACCAUUUUCGAUCUACUCAAUGCACAAUCUGUUGGAAAAACUAUGUUUCAUGAAUAUUGUAAAUUAUUGCGUUUAUAUUUAACAAUUCCUAUUACAACGGCUACGGCUGAAAGAUACUUCAGUACUAUGAAUCGGAUAAAGACAUAUCUACGAUCAACAAUGACACACCAACGUUUUAAUCACGUCAUUAUUUCUCAUAUUCAUAAAGAAAAGCUAGACCAGUUAGACUGA